GAGGUGCACUAUGAGGAUGGCCGCGUGUGGGUGGAUGGCAAAUGGAAGGAUGCAGAUGAGCUGCAGGCCUACCGGGAUGGCCAUUCCACCCGCACGCGGUCGCGCACUCGGGGGGGCGCUCAGGAGACCUUCCAGCAGCUGCGCGAGACCACGGACGAGGCAUCCAGCUCCAGCAGCGGCCUGAGCCCUGAGGAGCGCAUGGCAACGAUCCGGGGCGUAAACCAGCUGGCGGACGUCCUGAAAGAGGCCAUCAGAAGGAAGUGA